CGCGUACCGAGGCGUGAGAGGGACCAGCGCGGCGGGCGGACCGGGCGGGUGGUGGGCCGCCAUGGCGUCGCCCCCGCUGGCGGCGGCGGCCGGGAGCGGUGGCGAGGCGAGCUCGGGCUCCGAGGAGACGGGGACGGCGCCGCCGGGCCGCGACCUGGCCGAGCAAUUCGAGCAGGCGGCUCAGCGGUUGCCGGCGCUGCUGCCCGCCGCCAGCAAGGAGCAACUGCUCUACCUGUACGCCCGCUACAAGCAGGUGAAAUUUGGAACCUGUAACACUCCCAAGCCAAGCUUCUUUGAUUUUGAGGGAAAGCAGAAAUGGGAGGCCUGGAAAGCCCUGGGAGACACCAGCCCUCAUCAAGCUAUGCAGGAGUAUGUUGCUACAGUGAAAAAACUGGACCCUAGUUGGAAUCCACAGACAACAGAGAAGAAGGGAAGAGAAAGCAAAACUGCAUUUGGAGGCCCAGUUGUCAGCUCAUUAUAUCAAGAAGAAACAAUCAGGGAAGAGGACAAGAACAUUUUUGAUCACUGCAGAGAAAACAACAUUGACUAUGUAACUAAAGCCAUUCGAUCAAAAAAAGUGGAUGUGAAUGUCACAGAUGAGGAGGGCCGGGCUCUGCUCCACUGGGCAUGUGACAGAGGACACAAGGAACUGGUUUCAGAACUGCUACAGCACGCUGCUGAUGUUAACAGCCAGGAUGGGGAAGGCCAGACUGCACUCCAUUACGCUCUCCUGAUUACAGCCGGUGUCAAACUGCAUCCUGCGGUGGGUUAUAAAUCCUGCCUCCUUCCGAUCGGCGCCAACCCCAGGUUUAAUUGGAGGUUAAGUGGAGGCCAGCCGGCAGCACGGUCCGAAGGCACCAGCUCACCAGUGGGACCCGCCGCGGGACCCGCUCUCCUCCGGGCUUGGGGCAGCAGUCGGUGACGUGUUGAUUGGUGUGAGCACAGGCUCCCCACUAAACGGCCCCUUGGUCUUCGGCUCCUCUCCAUCCAUCCAUCCAUCCAUCCAUCCGUCCACCCACCCACCCACCCACCGGGAAUACUAAAAUCAUUGCCGCUGCCUCUCCCAGAGGAAAUCAAGGCUUCUCCGAGCGAUUGUGGCCACGUGGCUGUGGAGUGGGCAGGCUCUGUAUCCUCAUGGGCGCUCCGGCUUCCCUGCAAAGCACCAUCUGUUCGGCUCUUUCUGUGCUGGGGCAGGGCAGUGGGAGGGAACGCUGGAGGGAAAAUAAAUAAUAAAAAAAAAAAAAAAGAAAGAAAUUCAUCAUCUGAACCCUGAGGAUUAAUGGAGUCGGAAGGCGAACUGCGCUGAAUGGAAAUUCAUCUUCACCCGUGCCAGUGUCAGGGCUGCUGCUCCGGCCCUUGACAAAUCGAGGGUCCUGGGGUGCGAUAAAUCCAGCAGCUGUGCUCGUCCCCGGGGAUGUCCCUGGCCCACUUGGGGACAUAGACUGUGCCUGCCAGUGGCACUGGACGAGGAAGCCACCUUUCCCCACGUGGGCACCAGCUCCCCAUCCCCAGGAGCUGCCACUGCAGCUUCCUUGGCACCUCUGGAAGUCUGCUAUCUGCAAGGGUGCUGUGCUGUCACUCCAGGAUGUGCCCCCAGCCCUUCAGCUCAGCCUCCCCACGCCCCCACCUGCUUCCUCACCAACCCCUCCCCCCCUUUUUUUUACCCUUUUUUCCCCCUUUUUUUAUGUUUUUCAGUAUAAGCUCAAAUCACAUGUCAAAUUUAUUUUCAUUAAGUAUUGCCGCUCAUCCCUUUGGGUCAGUAGAAAACUGCAGAGUAAUGCAAAAGAUGCUCUAAUUACUACAUUUAACAUCAAAAAAGAGUGAGUUGGUUAUGUUGUAAAAGCAGCUGAAAUAUAAUUAAAACCAGUCACUAUCAAUGUGAGAGAAAGCUGCCAGCUUUGCGGUCUUGUAGUGCAGGUUGGGGCUGAGGCAGAUUUUGGCUUCACUAGGAUCUGCGUUGCACGGCCUAAAAGGAAAAUCCAGGGACUGGGAGUUCUGCUGACAUCGGCCAAGUUCUUCAGUGUUAAGAGUUUUUCUGGUUUGCCUGGUUCUUCUUAUUUUAACAUCCUUAGACAAGGUUGGAGAGGGAGCUGAAAGCUGCCAGGCUGUCAUCUGGACAGGGAAGAGCUCGGGUGAAACUUGAUUCUAUCUUGGCAGAGUAAAUUGGGGUUGAAAAAAAUAGUUGCUAGUGGACAUAUGGGUUAGAAAUAAGAAUGGUGUGCCAUUACUGGCUGUCUGUGGGCACAGGCAUGUGCCCCUGGAGCCGAUGCUCGGGGAAAGUCCAGCCAGCAGCUAAAAACCAUCCAAAUUUUCUGCAAGGAGAAAUGAUGGAUGAAAGCAGGGAGCUGCCUGUAGAGCCCUGGGAGGAUCAGAAGGCUGGUGAGGGGCAGGGGUUUAUAAAUGUGUUAUAAAUUAAAUACAUUAUAAAUUCUGGGUACAAAAGCAGGCAGAGAAGGCUUUCCCAGGUGGCACUUUGGGGCCCUCUGUGGUGCUGCCUUUCCCAGGGUCUGUCGCCAGUCCUGGACAUGAAGGAGCAUCAGCGAAACUGUGCCCAGGCAGCCUGUGCAUCAUCCCAGUGAAGCCCUGAAAAACACCCAGGCUCUGGUUGCACCAAUAACACCCUCUCAGGACUUCUGGCUUUUCACUGCUUUCACUCUGUUUUUUCUCUUUCCUUUGCACUGUUAAAUCCAAAGGCAAAUAAUACAUUGAGUACUGAACACUGCCCUGAAAAAUGAUCUGCUCCGCCUGGCCAGGUGCUGAGACGGCAUUUCCAGCCUCUGGCACAGCCGUGGGAAAUCGCCAGCUACAGCACUGCUCCAGAAACACCCAUCACCACUGCCUUGGGUCAGGAUCCCCAGACUCACCCUUCCCUCU